AUGUCAGAAAUGGAAGGCGUCGUGGCAACCCAGGCGGUUGUCGCCAUGGACAUCACAGAACCUGAUCCUCACGAAAGCCGCGAUGAAAACAAACCCGCGUUCGAUAUCAAGAAGCCCAAGCCAACACUUCAGAUCCGCGACAAUCUGCUGUACUGGAAAUGCAACCAAACACUUCACGACGGCAGCGUCUGCGGUUCCUACAACGAGCUGGACUUCAAGCAGUGCAAGGACUGCAAGAGCCGACGCGGUAUUGGAGAUGAUGGCACUGACGCCUACGGCACUAAGAUUGCAAAGAUCGUCUUUGUUAACAACAAGAAUGGAGAGGAACUUUGGCAGUAUGCUUCGGAGGAAUAG